AACCAAACACUUGAACUUCCGAGAGCCGUCAGAGGAACUCUGUCACCGCCCCACCCGGAGGUCCCGGCAUUACAAUCAAACGCUACCGUUUCUACAGCCUACGGCAGCCGGUGUGGUCCGUGUUUACAUCCGGUGUGUUUGAUUCUAACGGUCAGUUACCGACGGACAGCGAGUCAACACAGUGCUCAGUCAUGACCUGAGGGGACGGAGGAAACAGUCUCUGAGGUGGGGACACUUUUCAGUGGAACACUGCCGAGCUGAGAGAAGACAGACGAGAUGUGGAGCAGCAGGUUGAGGUGGACGGUGGUGGUCCUGACCUGCCAGCACAAAGACACUGUGUACUCCUUCCAGAGAGAGCUGGAGUUGCGGCAGCAGUGUGGCUCUCUCUAUGAGGGUGCGUUGGUUUUGACCGUGCAGGACCGCCAGGAGCCGCUGGGCAGCGGGGGGGCCACCCUGAACGCUCUGCUGGUCGCUGCUGAACAUCUGAGCAACAGAGCCGGACACACUGUGGUGACAGCUGACGUCCUGGAUGAUGCUCACAUCCUCAUCCUCCACACAGGUAGAGAUUUCCCCUGGAGCUCCUGCAGCAGAGCGUUCUGCUGGUUACCUCGAGAGGAACCGGAUCAGAAGGUCCAGGCUCCGGUCUGCUGUCUGGACCUGCUGCUGGAGUGUCUCAGUACCAAGAUCUGUCCUGGUUCCCCUCCUGGUGUUUGGGUCUGCAGCACUGACAUGAUUCUCUCAAUCCCUCCUGACUUUGCUCUUUCCUGGCAGGGCUUCUCUGGUGUUCGGGUUUUGGCGUUACCAGGGGACAUCUCCUAUGCAGCCAAUCACGGAGUCUACCUGUCCGACCAACAGGGUCAAGUCAGAGACAUCAUCUACAAGGGAACAAAGGAGCAGAUUGAACAAGCUCUGAUGCCUGAUGGGAAAGUCCCACUGGUGUCAGGUCCGGUCUUCUUCAGCAGGUCUGUGUCAGAGAAGUUGUUGCAGACUCACGUCACUCCUCCCCUAGAUGGCUGCACGUACCUGGGCCUGGACUCUGGAGCUCCGCCCCUGCAGAUCUCUCUCUUCCUGGACGUCCUGAAGUGUCUCUGCUCAGAUCUGACUCAGGAUCAGUUUGUGAGUGAGGAGAGAGCCGGCUGCAGUUCUGUUGUUGGACCACAGGGGGCGAUGGUGAGGGGUGGCAGGACGGAGCUGUGGAGGAUCCUAAGAGGGACUCCGCUCAGACUGGUCUACGUCCCCGGCGGUCGCUACGACUACCUGACUCUGUCUGGAAAGCAGCACGUGGAGCGACUGACCUGUGAUUGGACGGACAGGAACACGCUGUCUCACAUCCAGAGAGAGAGAGGGCUCAGUGACGGAGGUCGGGUGAUCAACAGCGUUCUGGAGGCAGACGUUGCUGUGGCGACCGGAGCAGUGGUGCAGCACUGCCACCUACAGGGUCCUCUGGACGUCCCCUCAGGUUGUUUACUGUCGGGUCUCGAGCUGUCGACGUCACGCUGCGUCAGGCAGCUGAAAAUGACCAAUGACAUCAUCAUCCAGGGACAUCGCAUCGAGCUGGGGGAGUUAAAGCUGAACGUCUACACAGUGAUGGGAGCGCAGGACGACCUGGAGGUCUCCUCUGAUGACAGCGACGCCUCCUUCCUCAACCAGAGAUGGAGCGACUUCUUCAACAGGACAGGAACACAGCCGGAGGAGUUAUGGGUCAGAGGAGGGCAGCGCUCCCUCCUGGAGGCUCGUCUCUUCCCGGUGCUCCACCCCAGAGGGGGAGCUGUGGGUCUGGAGGGAGGUGUUGGCUGGCUGCUGGGGGGAGACGGCAGCCUGCGCUGGUGGAGGGAGGCAUGGAGGCUGUCGUUAAAGGAAGUGCUGUCACUCACCCGCCAGGAGGCGGAGCUGCAUUGGAGGGAGGAGUUACUGUUCCUGGCCGGGAGGCGGAGAGUGUUUGACGCCCUGAUGAGUCAGACAGACGUCUGCCUGCUGCCUUGCUUCAAGGCAGCGGUGCUGGGAGGCCAGCAGGGGGCGCUCCUGGAGACCCUGGACAAUAUCGCAGGAGGUUGCAGGGAGCAGGGGGUGGAGCCUGGGGCAGAGCUGGGCGUGGCUGCUCGCUGUCUCUCCUGUAUCGCUGAUGUGUUGGUGUGUAUGGCGGGGGGGAGGGGAGGUCUGAGGAGUGGACCUGCUGCUAAUGAGGCCUGGAGCCCCGCCUACUUCCUGUUGGAGGAGGGUAACCUGAGGGUCGGAGUCCACGCCCUGGCUAAACAGAGAGUUGAUUGGCUGAGUAGGCCGGACCUGCUGGUUCGUGCGGCGCGGCACUACGAGGGCGCGGGUCAGGUGCUGCUACGACAGGCUGUGAUGUCAUCGCAGAGGUUCAUCUCUAUUGGUCAGGGUGAAGUCCCGCCCCUUGAUGAGUGGCAUGAAGUGGAGUGUCCGGCCAGACUGGACUUGGCAGGCGGGUGGAGUGACACUCCUCCCAUCGCCUUCGAGCACGGCGGCUCUGUGACCAACGCUGCGGUGAGGGUCGAUGGGAAACGCCCCAUCGGUGCCAGAGCCCGUCGCAUCGCAGAGCCCCGCCUCCUGCUGGUCAGCCACACCGGGGGGAGGGAAAGUGAGGUUUCCACGGAAACAGUGUGCGACAGCCUGGAUGACUUGAGGGACUACUGUCAGCCCCACGCUCCCGGAGCCCUACUGAAGGCGGUGUGUGUGUGCAGCAGCCUGGUGUCUCUCACCUCCCAGCAUUCUCUGGGGGAUCAGCUGAUGCAGAGGUGGGGGGGAGGGGUGGAGCUCCACAGCUGGUCGGCGCUGCCCACCGGAUCUGGACUGGGUACCAGCAGUAUCCUGGCGGGGGCGCUGUUGGCUGCUGUCUACCGAUGCACCGGUCGAACCUACGACACAGACUGCCUCAUCCACGCCAUCCUGUACCUGGAGCAGAUUCUCACCACAGGAGGAGGUUGGCAGGAUCAGGUGGGAGGUCUGGUGGGUGGAGUAAAGGUGGGUCGUUCCAGAACAUCUCUGCCCCUGCAGGUGGAGGUGGAACGUCUGAGUCCUCCAGAUGACUUCUUGGUUGCUCUGGAGCAGCGCCUCCUGCUGGUGUAUACGGGAAAAACCCGCCUGGCUCGAAACCUGCUGCAGGAUGUGGUUCGUAGCUGGUACAGUCGUCUUCCCUCAAUGGUCCAGAACGCCCGGGAGCUCGUGGCCAAUUCAGAGGAAUGUGCCAGAGCCUGUUCAGAGGGCUCUCUGUCCAGACUGGGUCGGUGUCUGACCCGCUCGUGGCAGCAGAAGAAGCUGAUGGCUCCUGGUUGUGAACCGGCCUCUGUGAGGAUCAUGAUGGAGGCUCUGAGGCCGCUGGUCCUGGGUCAGAGUCUGGCCGGUGCCGGGGGCGGUGGAUUCCUCUACUUGCUGACCCAGGAGCCUGAGCAGCGGCAGGCGGUGCUGCAGGUCCUCAACAACACACCGGGUCUGGGAGACUUCAGUGUUCACACAGUGGAGCUGGACAUGGACGGGAUUACAGUCCUACCCCCGUCCUGAGGACACACAGACACACCUCUGACACCGUGUGCUCACUCAUCGUGAGCAUGAAGAAUUUAAACUCAUUCAUAAAGUGCAGUUAAAGGGAUAAAAUGUAAAAAAUAAUGAAAUAUAUAUGUGAAGCAGCUUUAUUGGAUAUUUUUAUACUGGCAUAGGAAAUGAAAACAGGAAGACCUCCCCUCAGCUUCACAGCUGUUCUCAGAGAAACAUCUGUUAACAGCCUUUAGAGCUGCUGAGUCUGAUGUUUCCCUCCUGAGGUGGUGGAGACCAAACACUGAGCUAACAGAGAGGAGACACGACUCAGAUUGACCUGAGGCCUGAACUACGAAGCAGGAUUUGUGGUCAUCAGGUUAACUUCAGGUUUAAUUCAGAGUUUUCAGUCCUACGAAGCUCGUUCCCUUGUUAUCAGGUAAAUCACCAUGGUAACUUACGCUGAACAGCUGACCUG